CCGCGUAUGGACGUCCAUUGACGAACAGCGCGGGUGGGGGAUCUAGCUAAUAUAUAUGAUAUCUAUGGUACUGCUCUAGGAUGCGGCGCCACAAAUAAACACGUAGUGCGCAUGCUCACAUCCGCCAUACUUUAUUUCUGUCCAGAUAUGUUGGGUUUGUAUUUAACUCCCAGCUCGGUUUCUGCUAUGCAUGGAUGAAUGUUACUGGGACACCGGGACCUGUUUGUUCAUCACCCCAAGAAGCGACCGAGUGUCUCCGGAGGAAACGCGCUAUGUCGGCUAAUAGAACAAAGAAGGUCAAAAUGGCCACUAAGUCCUGUCCUGAGUGCGACCAGCAGGACUGCAGGUGUCCAGGUUCAGGAGAGGCUUUACCUGGUGGUCCUCCUGGGAGAGAAGCCUUCUACUGUCAUCAUGUUAAUGUUAUUUAGCUGUUUGAUAUUUGAACACAUUUAUUAAAACAAAUACUAACUGAUAACUCUUUCUGGUCAUUGAUUUUAUCACCAGUUUUAUUAUUACAGAUGUUUUUGAACAUGUUACAUGAACAGAAAAUUAAAAGAUGAUAAGGAGACAAGAUUGUUUAUAAUACGUUACACUUAUUUACAGAUCAAACCAGUAUGGACCAGUUAUGUACGGUUAAAGCAGGAUUAACCUGAAUGACUCUUCCUGGAUCAUUUAUUUAAACUGAGUGAGCAGGAAGUCUUUAACAGUGCAGCUGGAUCUGCUGCAGGAGGAUCCAGACGUGGAUGGAGGGCUGGAGCAGACCCGUGGCUGGACGUUUCUGGUCAGAGGAACAUCAUACAGGACGGUCUGCAGAGAGAGCUUUGGGACGUUUCCUCUCACUGUCCACUCCAUCGUCCAUCUACAGGGCCUGCUGGGCUGGCUCAGACGACGGCUGUUACAUCUCUAUGAAUGACUUGCCUGUUAACAAUAGUGGUGGUCUGCUGGUACCUCCUUCAGGACAGAGCACCACUGACCUCCUCUACACACAUCUUCCUCACGCUCAUCCUCCAGACCUACAACUUCACCAGCACAGAGGCAGAUGUGCAACACAGUGUAUGCUGACUUGUAAUAGAUUAAAAAAGAGGGUUUUUUUUAAUUGAAAAAUGUAAAACAAAACAUAUAACCUGCAGUACACUGGUUCUGAUCAGUUUAAAGAACAGCAGCAGGGAAAACUACAGAGAAUUUACAUUUUUAAGACCGAUCUAAUCAUUGUUAGGCUUACGUGAGGCUUUAGUCCCUACACCCCCAGCAGGUCCCUGAGGUCCAGUGAUCAAAGCCUACUGGUUGUGCAGCACCAGGCUAAAGACCAAAGGUGACAGAUCAUUUGCUGCACUGGCCCCCAGAUUCUGGAACUCUCUCCCCCUGAGCCUGAGAUCAGUGGACUCAGUGGUCUCCUUUAAAAAGCAGCUGAAGACUCACUUGUUCAAGCUGGCUUUUGUAUGACCUUCUUCACAACUCUCUUUAUUCUGUUUUCCCCACCUAUUCCACCUUCCUCAGGAUACACUGAUUUCCCUCUUUCCUGUUCACUCUCUGUCUUUCUUAACAUUUUUUAAUCACAAUUUGUCUAUUUUUUGCUCAUUUUAAAUAUAUUUUUAAUCAUUUUCUAAAUACUUUUUUAUAUUUUUACAUUUUUUGUUUUUGUGAAGCGCCUCGUGAUUUUAAUCUUGAGAGGCGCUAUAGAAAUGAUACUUUCUUCUUCUUCUAAGUUGAAUAAACAAAUGCACAUUGAAAACAGUUCAAUGCUAUUUUAUUAAAAAGCCUGUUUUUUAAAACGUUUUACCCCCAUUUGAUGCAAAAUAAGUUCUAAGGUCCAAUUUACAUUAGAAAGCAUCGUACUGCAUUCAACAUUUUAAUGCAUUUGGUUUAUAUUAGGUCACCCUUCUUAAAGAUGGGGACCACCACCCCGGUCUGCCACUCCCUAGGAACUGCCCCCGAUGACCACGCAAUGUUGUAGAGACGUGUCAACCAUGACAGCCCUACAACAUCCAUAGCCUUGAGAUACCCAGGACGAACCUCAUCCGCCCCCGGGGCUCCGCCGCUGUGUAGUUGUUUGACUACCUCAGCAACUUCUGCCCCCGAGAUCGGACAGUCCAUCCCCAGGCCUCCCAGCUCUGGUUCCUCCUCGGAAUGCGCAUUGGUGGGAUUGAGGAGCUCCUCAAAGUAUUCCUUCCACCGUCCGACUAUAGCCUCAGUUGACGUCAGCAGCUCCCCAUCCCCACUGUAAACAGUGUGAGCGAGUUGCUGCCUUCCUCUCCUGAGGCGCCGGACAGUUUGCCAGAACCUCUUUGGAGCCGAUCGAUAGUCUUUCUCCAUGGCCUCACCAAACUCCUCCCACACCUGAGAUUUUGCCUCGGCAACUGCCACUGCUGCACCCCGCUUGGCUAUCCGGUACCUGUCUGCUGCCUCCGGAGACCCACAGACCAGCCACGCCCUGUAGGCCUCCUUCUUCAGCCUGACGGCUACCCGAACCUCUGGUGUCCACCAGCGGGUACGGGGGUUGCCACCACGACUGGCACCGGCCACCUUACGACCACAGCUAGCAACAGCCGCCUCGACAAUCGCAGAGUGGAACAAGGCCCACUCGGACUCAAUGUCCCCCACUGCUCUCGGGACGUGGUCAAAGCUCUGCCGGAGGUGGGAGUUGAAGACCGUCCUGACAGGUUCUUCUGCCAGGCGUUCCCAGCAGACCCUCACUAUGCGUUUGGGUCUGCCAGGUCUACGCGGCAUGUUCCCUUGCCAUCUGAUCCAACUCACCACCAGGUGGUGAUCAGUUGACAGCUCCGCCCCUCUCUUCACUCGGGUGUCCAAAACAUACGGCCGCAGGUCAGAUGAUACGACUACAAAAUCUAUCAUCGACUUGUGACCUAGGCUGCCCUGGUACCAAGUGUACCGGUGGGCAUCCUUAUGUUCGAACAUGGUGUUCGUUAUGGCCAAACUGCGGCUUGCACAGAAGUCCAAUAACAAAACACCGCUCGAGUUCAGAUUAGGUGGGCCGUUCCUCCCAAUCACACCCCUCCAGGUCAAGCUGUCAUUGCCCACGUGAGCAUUGAAGUCCCCCAGCAGGACAAUGGAGUCCCCUGAUGGAGCACUAUCUAGCACUCGUCCCAGGGACUCCAAAAAGGGUGGGUACUCUGAACUGAUAUUUGGCCCAUGAGCACAAACAACAGUCAGGACCCGUUCCCCGACCCGAAGGCGCAAGGAAGCUACCCUCUUGUCCCCCGGGGUAAACCCCAACACACAGGCAGAGAGUCUCGGGGCUAACAAAAAGCCAACCCCAGCCCUCCGCCUCUCACCCGGAGCAACUCCAGCAAAGUAGAGUGUCCAACCCCUCUCCAGGUCUCGGGUUCCAGAGCCAAUGCAAUGUGUCGAGGUGAGUCCGACUAUAUCUAGCCGGUACCGCUCAACCUCUGCCACAAGCUCCGGCUCCUUCCCCGCCAGCGAGGUGACGUUCCAUGUUCCAAAAACUAGUUUUCUUGUCCGGGGAUUGGACCGCCAAGGCUCCCGCCUUGGUCUGCCACCCGAUUCGCAUUGCACCGGACCCUUCAUGUUCCUCCUGCGGGUGGUGGGUCCACAGUUGGACGAGCCCAUGUAUCAGGUUCGGGCUGGGCCCGGCCGGGCCCCAUGGGCGAAAGCCCGGCCACCAGGCGCUCGCUCACGGGCCCCAACCCCAGGCCUGGCUCCAGGGUGGGACCCCGGUAACCCUCCGGGCCGGGUACUCCGACUCUUCGUUUUAACCGCCAUGAAAGAUCCUUCGAACCGUUCUUUGUCUCACCCUUCACCUAAGACCAAUUUGUCAUGGGAGACCCUACCAGGGGCACUGAGUGCCCCAGACAACAUAGCUCCUAGGAUCAUUAGGGCACUCAAACUCCUCCACCACGGUAAGGUGACGGUUCAAGGAGGAGGGUGUGUUCCAACUAUAGGGGGAUCACACUCCUCAGCCUCCCUGGAAAGGUCUACGCCAAGGUACUGGAGAGGAGGGUCCGAUCGAUAGUUGAAUCUCAGAUAGAGGAGGAGCAAUGUGGUUUUCGUCCUGGCCGUGGAACUGUGGAUCAGCUCUAUACCCUUGCAAGGGUGAUGGAGGGGGCAUGGGAGUUUGCCCAACCAAUCCACAUGUGCUUUGUGGAUUUGGAGAAGGCUUAUGACCGUGUCCCCAGGGGCACCCUGUGGGGGACGCUCCAGUAGUAUGGGGUGGGUGGCUUUCUGUUAAGGGCCAUUCAGUCCCUUUACCAGAGGAGCGUGAGUUUGGUCCGCAUAGCCGGUAGUAAGUCGGACCUGUUCCCAGUGAGGGUUGGACUCCGCCAGGGCUGCCCUUUGUCACCGGUUCUGUUCAUCACUUUUAUGGACAGAAUUUCUAGACGCAGCCGUGGUGUGGAGUGUGUCGAGUUUGGUGGCAGGAGAAUCUCGUCUCUGCUUUUUGCGGAUGAUGUGGUCCUCCUAGCUUCAUCCAGCUCUGACCUUCAGCUCUUGCUGGGUAGGUUCGCGGCCGAAUGUGAAGCGGCUGGGAUGAGGAUCAGCACCUCCAAAUCUGAGACCAUGGUUCUCCACCGGAAAAGGGUGGCUUGCCACCUCCGGGUCGGGGGAGAGGUCCUACCUCAAGUGGAGGAGUUUAAGUAUCUCGGGGUCUUGUUCACGAGUGAGGGUAGGAGGGAUCGGGAGAUCGACAGGCGGAUUGGUUCGGCGUCUGCAGUGAUGCGGACGCUGAGCCGAUCUGUCGUGGGGAAGAGGGAGCUGAGCCAGAAAGCCAGGCUCUCGAUUUACCGGUCGAUCUACGUCCCAAUCCUCACCUAUGGUCAUGAGCUUUGGGUAAUGACCGAAAGAACGAGAUCGCGGAUACAAGCGGCCGAAAUGAGUUUCCUCCGUAGGGUGGCCGGGCUCAGCCUUAGAGAUAGGGUGAGGAGCUCGGACAUUCGGGAGGGACUCGGAGUAGAACCGCUGCUCCUCCGGAUCGAAAGGAGCCAGUUGAGGUGGUUUGGGCAUCUGGUCAGGAUGUCUCCUGGACGCCUCCCCGGGGAGGUGUUUCGGGCAUGUCCUGCCGGCAGAAGGCCCCCGGGUCGACCCAGGACACGUUGGAAAGGUUACAUCUCCAAUCUGGUCCGGGAACUUCUUGGGGUCCUGCCGGAGGAGCUGGUGGACAAGGCCGGGGAGAGGACGGCCUGGAGCUCCCUAAUUGGGAUGCUGCCCCCGCGACCCGGACCCGGAUAAGCGGAGGAAGACGAAGACGAAGACGAAGGUUUAUAUUAAUUACCUACAUGAUAAUACUCUGUAGUAAUGUGUUGUGUAUGUUUAACAAGUUCAUUAUGUAGCUUAAAACAUACAUGAAACCAUCUAAAGUUAACAUGUAAGUCCUGAAAGCUUCUAGAAUAAACAAAAUUACUUCACCUGAAAACGGCUGUGAACAAACGCUGCUGAUGGACGUGAAGCUGCUGUAGCUCCUAAAUAUUCCUACUCGAUUUUCGCUAGCUUUAGCAUUUUUCCUUUGCAUGUAGCUGCCGCCACAGCUGUGACGGGACCUACAGGCCACCGUAGAGGUGAAGGCUAGACUCUCCGAAUUCAGAGCCACUCUGUUCCAGUCUUAGCGGUCUGGCAAGGACCCGGCCUUGCUAAACUGACGAGGACCCGUACUCGUAAGCAUCCUGCCUGUGGAUUCAGACAUAUGUAUUCGGAUAUAUGUAUGUCGAUGAUUCGGACACUGUUGUAUACUCAUUGUUUGUUAAAUAAAGUUUUAAAAGAAUACACAUUCGGCAGAACAACUUACGGUUCAAAAGGCCAACGGAUCCGUCAUCCAAUCAGUGAUGCCUGUUGUUGCAGCAUUGGUACCUACCUUUUCCGGUUUGGGUUUUGUUUUUGUGGUUUUCAAUUUGGUUUUGUGUUUAGUGAAUUUGUUGUUGCGCUUUUCAAUUUGUUGUACGUUUAGUGAUUUGUUUUGCGCUUAGUGAUUUUUUGUUGCAUUUAGUGAAUUUGUUUUUGCGCUUUUCAAUUUGUUGUGCGUUUAGUGAUUUGUUUUUGUGCUUAGUGAAUUUGUUUUUGCGCUUUUCAAUUUGUUGUGCGUUUAGUGAUUUGUUGUUAGGCUUUUCAAUUUGUUGUUGUGCUUUUCAAUUUGUUGUGUGUUUAGUGAUUUGUUGUUAGGCUUUUCAAUUUGUUGUUGUGCUUUUCAAUUUGUUGUGUGUUUAGUGAUUUGUUUUUGUGUUUAGUGAAUUUGUUGUUGCGCUUUUCAAUUUGUUGUGUGUUUAGUGAUUUGUUUUUGUGUUUAGUGAAUUUGUUGUUGCGCUUUUCAAUUUGUUGUGCGUUUAGUGAUUUGUUUUUGAGCUUAGUGAUUUUUUGUUGCAUUUAGUGAAUUUGUUUUUGCGCUUUUCAAUUUGUUGUGCAUUUUGUGAUUUGUUUUUGUGGUUUGGACUUCAGGGCCACCGUAGUUUCUCCCUUCAUAAAGGAGCUUCUUUCAGACAUUAGGAGAGCUGUUUUUGUGGUAGCAGUCUCUCCUCCGUGCUGGUCUGUUUGCUGCUGGGUGUUUUUGGUUAAUUUAAACUUGGUAACUUGAACUAAACGUUAGUGAAAAUGCUAACAGUAGCUUUACCAACAGCUUCUUGCGUUUGGAUAAGCUGUUACGUUUUGGUUUAGAGUUCAUCUUUUUUGUGGUGCAGAUCUCCCUUUUAUUAUAUUUAGAGUGUUGUGGGUUUUCGGUUUAGUUUAAAAUAUCACCUUGAGUUUGGCUUAUCCACCCAGUUUAGAGUUUGAACCUUUUGAAGGUCCUUAUUUUGGUCCAGAACUCAGCAUUCUUUGCCCAGUGGAACAUCCCUACUUAUUUGUACUUUUGUUUUAAUUCCCCACAGGCAGAAUUAGUUUUAUUAUGGGCUCGACACACGGGAGGCGACAAACGACUGCAAUCAGCGAAAUUCGUCGCUGUCACUUUUAUUACCUGACACACGGGAGGCGACCCGCGGCCAGCUGCAAAACCGACUAUGCGUUCUGUUCCAUGGCAAAAUUGAAACUUCCGUUGUUUUGUUUGGCUGUGUCAGGUUGGAGGGAAUUAAGGUUAUUUAAGCCGUUCAGAGUUAAUAAAGCGGUAGAUAUGAUGUUUCACAAGGUGCUGCUAGAGUUAUGUGGAAUCUUACUUCUGAUUUUACUAUAAAACAUAAUAAUAAUAAUCAACUUCUCCUUCAUGUUUGCUCAGAGAUGUACAGAGCAUCCUGUCCGCUCAUUGGUCAGUGAAUGAAACUUCCGUUGAUUGGUCCUCGUCCGAGCGACAGUGAUGAAAAGUUGAAAAUGUUUCAACUUUCUGGGAUCGCGUCGCUUGGUCGCCUGUGCACGAGCGCAAAAUUUCACACACACGUUUUUCGCGUUUUGCUUGGCAUCAUGCUUGGUAUUUGCGAUUAUCGCUUUGUCGCGCAUGUCUCAUUGAAAAUGAAUGGAGGAGAGGUGAUGUCGCCUCCCGUGUGUCGAGCCUAUUAUUCCCAACCUGUGGAUGGAAAGAUUUAUGCUUUUUUGUUGUUGUAAAUAAACCUGAUCAUCAUUUUAACCUUUUAAUCCCACGUUAUUGUCCCUUCCUUUUUGCACACGAGCCAAACUCCCCAGGAAGGGUCGUAACAUCACUCACCUCCUGCACAUAAGUGACCAAAACAAAGCAGCAUGGAGACACUCAGUCUCCAACCACCUCUCAGGCAGUAGCCUGCACUCCCCAAGUUCUACACGUCACCAGAACAUAACCAACCAACACAAUAAAAGCAGUGUUAUACAAAAUGGAAGGCCUGUAGUGUUUAUUCUCUUACAGUAACAAUUUAUCAAUUUUUUGAGGAAUUUAUUUGAGAUUUUCUUGUUUUUAUUAAUUGUGCAAUAAGAAAAUAAUCGCUAAAUUAAUCGUCUAAAUAGUCAUUGGAAUAGUCGACUAUUCGAUGAAAUAAUCGUCAGAAUAAUUGAUUUUAAAAAUUAUCGUUUACCCCCAGCCCUAGUCACAUGACCUUCUUCCUAUGGAAAAAAAAAAACAAAAAUUGGAUCCAAGAUGGCCGACUUCAAAAUGGCCACCAUGGUCACCACCCAUCUUGAAAAGCCUCUCUCACAUAUACUAAUGUGCCACAAAAGGGACAUUAAUAUCACCAACCAUGCCCAUUUUAUUAAGGUGUAUCCAUAUAACUGGCCCACCCUGUAUAAUUCAUUUGGUUUAGUGCUUAACAACACUGGUGGCAUCCAUUUUUUCUGAGUUGGAAGCUGGACCGCAAAACGAGCCCGUUACCUCAUUUUCUGCUUGGAAAUUCUCAGUUCUGAGGACAACUGAAACACAGCAUGAGUCUCUCCUGUCCUCUCCUCCAUCCUCAGAGGGAAAUUCUGCCGACUCUCACACAGGAAAACAAUUUAACUUAUAUAACUGGAGCUAAUAUGUUAAGCACUAAAAUGUUAAGCAAACAAGCAGUUGAUAGUAAAGUUGGCAACAUGCUAGCAUUAGCAACUUUCUACCUGUUACCAGAGGUUAUUACGGCUUGUUUUUUCUUUCUCUCAGCUAUGUAAGUAAGUAUUUCACAUUUUACUUUAAAUUUACACUAAAUGUACAGCUGUAGGGUUUUGAAGCCUUACCUUUUACUCAGAGGAAAAACUCCCAAUGUUUUGGAUUGGGGUUCUUGCCCCAAGCAGCGGGCUGCCCCCGGAUGUAUCUGACUUUAAAUUGGUUCUACUAAAGAGGCUUAAAGAGGAAGGGUACCCAGAGCAGUUUCGGCUCGUUAAAUAAAAAUAGGCAGCCACAGUUUAUAAGCUUGACUCUUUAAUAUUCCAGUUAGAAUUGACAAAGCUCCUCGGAUGAAAGGCAAAACGUCUUCAAGACACCAAAGAAGUCCAGUUGCCUUCAUUUGAACCAUUUUGGAUUACCGUGAGCUGGACGACCUGCAAACCUUCACCAGCAUAAAGAGGCUUGUCUGCCGAUGGUGAAAAAAAAAGCUAAACAUUGGCCCGAUUAAUCGGCCAACUGAUUAAUUGGUCGACCCCUAAUACUGACUGGCAUGUCUUCAACAUUAUGCUUAGCAAUUAGCCUAGCUUGUGUACGCUCACACUUCUUACAUUUUAUCAACUAACUUCGCACACUAUCACAUUCUUGAACAUUCCCUAAACAAAUCGAUACUUCAGAAGACAAAUGAUCUUCAAUUUACGAACAUAUAAAGCAAAAUCCCUGGACAGAGAGCCAGUCCAUCGCAGGGCAACACAGACACACACAGAACAAACAAUCAUGCACACACACACACACACACACCUAAGGAUAAUUUAGACAGACCAAUCAACCUAACAGUCAUGUUUUUGGAAUGUGGGAGGAAACCGGAGUACCCGGAGAGAACCCACGCAUGCACGGGGAGAACAUGCAAACUCCAUGCAGAAAGAUCCCAGGCCGGGAAGCGAACUCAGGACCUUCUUGCUGCAAGGCAACAGCUCUAACCACUGCGCAGCCAUGUCGUGUAAACUCGUAUUGGGAUAACCCUUUCAAAGGUUGCUCUCUGUGCAUGUUCUGUUUGAAAGGAAUCUCGGUUUAUGAGAAGAUCGGGGUCGGCAAUCUUUUCCCAUCAAAUAGCCAUUAUUAUCCAUUUCCUACAGUGAAGAAAACACUGGGAGCCAAUGUAAGCUUCAGCUGCAUCUUCUCCUGAUUCUGGUUAGGCUCAAGCCUAAAUUAUACUUCUCCGUCUGCGUCGGGACGGCCGCACAAAAGCCAUCAUGCGACCAUGCGAGCCUGCUGGAGAGCCCUUGCCAGGACGAAUGGAGUCGAGCUCUCUUUUCUAAAUAUUCGUCCAUCGAGACAGCGAUCGUAAGCUUGUGAAUGGUCUUCUACACCGUCGCCAUUGUGCCCUCAAAGAUGUAAAGAGAACCGAGGAUAACUAGCGGCAGACACGAAGAAGCUUGAAGAAUACCUCGCGAAAAAACUAAAAAUAUAAACCUUUAAUUCCCCUGUGACUGGAAGAGUGAAAAAAUAUGCAGCGAGCGAUUUAUUCAUAGACUGAAAUGGCAGGAAACAUGGGUUUAGAGGUGGUGAGUGCAGGAUGAGGUGGAGGUGAAUGAGAGACAAAUUUGUCUGUGUUAAAAAGUCUCUUGUAUAAAAAAACACUAUAUAUACACACUGUCUUGGACCAGAUACAUGACAGGAUACCACAGAACAGCUCUAUGCCCUCUGUUGUCCUGUCAGGGAAUUGCUUUGCAACACUCCCCAGGAGACGGAGAAGUAUGAGGGCAAAAUGUGUCCGCCUGUGUGUCUCCCUUUUGGAGGUUACAGAGAAGUAUAAAUUAGGCUUUAGUUGUGGCAAAUUCCACUUUUCAUGUUGCUUCGUUAGGGCCAGCGUAAAAAAUGCUACAAAUAAUCUAUUCUCCUACAUCUCGCAUCUCCCCCAACAAUCUCUCAACACUGAUCUAGAAUCAGUAUGACCAGUGUGUAUAAACCUCAAGAUAGUUUUGUCCUCACAACUGCUGACUAAAGGUUUUCUCUUAUCUAGGUCAAUUGUGAGUCCAUCCAUCCAUUUUCAGCCAGUCAUCCGGGGUAGGGUUGCGAAGCAGUAGCCUAAGCUGGGAGGCCCAGACUUCCCUCUCCUCAGUCACUUGGGCCAGCUCCUUCGGGGAAAUCCUAAGGUGUUCCCUGGCCAGCCGAGAGACAUAGUCCCUCCAGUGUGUCCCGGGUCUUCCUUUAGGUCUUCUCCUGGUUGGAAAUACCUGGAAAACCUAACCAUGGAAGCAUCCAGGAGGCAUCCUGACCCAUGCCACCUCAACUGGCUCCUGUUGAUGUGGAGGAGCAGCAGCGGUUGUACUCCCUGCCUUCUCCGGAUGACUGAGCUUCUCACCCUAUGUCUAAGGGAGAGCCCAGACACCCUGCAGGGAAAAAUCAUUUCCGCUUGUUCUUUCAGUCACUUCCCAAAGCUCAUGACCAUAGGUGAAGGCCAUUUGUGAGUAAAUUUGUAAAUUCACGAAACUUCCGUUUGUGUGAAAGUUGGUAAACGACUGUAGAAUAACCCAGCUGACUUGGGGUGGAUGAAGGGAUCAGUGACUUGUGAUUCCAGUCAACUGUUUGGUGUAACUCACAUCAGAGGCGAAACUGUAGAAGUCUAGUUGCUGUUUGUUCCAUCACUUAGCUUUAUCGUGGCCUGGGUGAUUUUAAAUCUACACAAAUUUGCAGUUGUACUACCGUAUAUUUCCACAUAAUGUCUUACUUCCAUUUCUUACUUGACCUAUGCCCUGUUGUGUGUUUCUAAGUGUGUAACUUUCUCUCU